UUCACCUACCAGAGCACGUUCGUGUUUUGCAAAGCAAAUGACCGCUCAUCGUGGAAGGAACCUCAUGAAACAGCACCGGCGGAGAGUAUGAACUGGCGGUGGUAUAGGAGCCAACAGAAAGUCUAAGCAAAUAGCGCGGCAUCGACAUAGAGACACAGUCUGGAAAGAUGGAAGGGGCUGUAACGGGGCCGACGCAAAUCCCGGCGACUGUGGAGGUCGUAUGUGGCACGUUACGCGGCACGUACGAUGUGGCGAAGACGAAAAUUCUUUACCUCUCCCACAUGGGAGGCAUUCGGGAGGCCACGCCCACGGAGUUUGAGCGCCUGGGCGGGCGGCAGGCGACUAAGAAGUGGAAACAGAGUAUCCGAGUCGUGGACUCAAACGGCCAAGCGGGCAAGUCGCUAGGCGAGUGGCUGGCGGGGACGGCUGGCACCUCGGGCAACGACGGCCAGCGGCAGGCGUUUGCAUGGCUCGCCAUGGGGCAACGGCCCGCGUGGGCAGACGGCGAAGGCGGCGGCGGUAGCGGCCCAGCUGGGCUGCUGCCUGGCAACGAAGGCGCCGUAGCGAUCGCGGCACCACCGAGCGCUGCCAUGCUGCGGGAACAGUACACCAAGCAGCUCGUGGACUUCCUGCGAGGCCGCAUAGACAACCCCGGGCAGGGGCCCGGCGCGCCGGCGCCCGCCAGCGACUUCGGGCCGGUGACUGUGGGCUCUCACAGCUUUGACCUCCGCAAGAUGUACGACAAGGUCAAGGAGCUGGGCGGCUACGGCGCAACCAACUCCGCCGUGGACGGCUGGGCCAAGGUGGUGGAGGAACUUGCGCUGGACAAGGAGAAGGGCGCAAAAAGCGCGGCGCAUGCCUGCAGGUCCGUCUAUGAACACUACCUGCUUCGCGUGGAGCGGCUGGAGAAGGCGCGCGAGGUCGCGGGCAUUGCCAACGACCCGCCCACGCCCUCCGGGUCGGAGCGGAGCCUGCCCGCUGAGGCCCCGCCAGCUGGCCGCGAUGUUGGGGAGCGCGUUGUGGAGAAGCCAACCAAGGCCGCGGCCGCUGCGGCGCAACGCGAGCCGGCGGCGGCAGCGGCAGGCGGCGGAGGCGGCCGUAACGCGCAGCGGGCACAGGCUAGCCGUGGUGGAGAGCGCACGGAGCGUGGCGGAGGCGGUGGGGUUGAGCGCGAGCGAGAGCGCGAUCGUGAGCGUGGCGGUGGCGGCGGUGGUGGGCGGGGCGGGGGGCGCGUGGCCAUGUCGGAUGACAUGCGCGGCCAGAUCACCAGCAACAGCGGCGGCGGCAGCGGCAUGCAGGGGGGCCGCGGCGGCGGCGGGAUGGGCGGCGGCAGCGGCGGGUUCGACUACGAUGGGCUAGACCGCAGCGGCUUCGAGACCGGGUCGGGCCGUGGCGGCCGGUCCAGCCUGUACGACAGCAACCCCAUCGGGGGCGGUGGCGGCGGUGGCAGCCGGCCCUCUUUUGACGGGCUGGGUCGCGGCAACUUCAGUGCGUUGCAGCUCGCGGCGGCCGGCGGCAUGGGCGGGGUGGGCGGCGGCAUGGGCGGCGGGCGCUUCGGUGAGGCGGGCAUUGACGCCAGGCGGCUGGCUGGGCUGGAGGCGCUGUUGCAGGGCGCGGCGGCGCAGCAGCAGCAACAGCAGGGCCAGCAGCCUCGGCCAUCGUAUGACAGCGGCGGCAACGGCGGUCCGGGCGGCCAGCAGCAGUUCGAGCAGCGGUCGUCGCUGCUGCCGCUGGACAUAAACGACGACCAGCUGCUGCUGGCGGCGGGGCUGGGGCUGCAGGGCGGCGGCGGGGGCGGCGGCGGCAUGCUGGCUCUGGACGGCGCGGGAGGGCUGGCGAUGCUGCAGAGCGGUGGUGGCGGCGGCGGCGCUAGCAGCCUGGCGGCGCAGCAGCUACUGUCGUCGCUGUCGGGCGGCGGCGGCGGCGGGCUGUCGCUUGGCGGCGAUCCGCGUGAGGCCAUGCUGAUGGCGCUGGCGGGCAGCCGGGCGGGCGGCGGCGGCGGCCUGAGCGCGCUGGAUGAGCAGACGCUUGUGAGCCUCGCGGGCGGUGCGGGCAGCGGCGCAGCGUCGCGCCUGCUGGGCUCCCGCGGCGGCAGCGGCGGCGUGGACGGACUGCACCCGGGUUGGCUGUCGCGGGCGGGUGGCGGCGGCCGUGGCGGGGGCCUGCAGCAGCUGCUGGGCGGCGGCGGCGCGGUGGACGACCCCACCAUCAACAACCUCCUGGCCGAGUACUUCGGCGGUGGGGGGGGCCUGGGUGCAGGCAUGUCGCUCAUGCGUGGCGGCGGCGGAGGCCUGGGUGGCCUGGGCCUCGGUGGGCCGCUGGGCCUUGGUGGAGUUGGAGGCGGCGGCGGUGGUGGCGGCGGUGGCGGCUUCAAGCGCGCCGCGGACGACGACAUGCUUGACGAGUUUAACGGCGGGCCAGUUGUCAAGCGGCCGGCGAUGUAACGGCCCGUACGUGGAGCGGCACACAACGAGGAGUGCCUGCGGACAAAGCCAACGGCUCCAAGCAUACAUCUGGGACGCCAGGGGUGAAGGGCGUGAUGUUACCCGGCCCCUGUGGCCCCGGCAUCCUGGCGGCCUGACGGGUGGUUGACCGGUGACUGUGCAUCGUAAGCACGACUAUGGAGGGGCACUGAACUUUGAACAAGCAUUUACAUGCUGCACAUCAGCAAAGGACUAGGCAUGUGCGCACGCCUACAACUGGCGCUUGCAUGCUUAGAGGGUGCAUACGUGUGUCAGUGCGCCUUAUUAGGUGCGAAAGCUCAUGGAUGCAUAUUGCCACUUGAUACACGGAGCGGCUCGAGCUUUCUUUCUCCGACGUCAGUGCCAGGAGGCAUGGGUUGCGGCGCAAGGCCAGGCGCCAUGUAGUACUGCCUUUGGCGGCCGCUGAUUCAUGCGCGUUAAGCUGGGGCGAGCGCGCUGGCUGCCGCAGACUCGCCGUAUGUCGAUGAUCGCAUGCUGCAUGAGCCUGGGAUGUGGGUGGCCGCCCAAGGCAUGACAUUAUGACGCUUGCACCGCAUCAUUCUGCGUACCACACAAUUGCUACCGAUGCAUGCAGCCCAACGGCUCCAGCAGCGGCAAGGAUAUCCGGGACAGGUUGUACACGAACACGUGCUUUCUAAACGCAAAUGCGAAGGCAUUUGACGCCAGGAGAGGGACAACAAUUGUACUUGAUUGUAGCGCGUGGUGCAGAUACACGGGGGAGGAAUGCUUGAGUACGUCAUUGCGGGGGCCCGUUCACGGGUGCUGUAGCGGCGGCUAACUGGAAACCCUUGCGGUGCAAUGCGCUCAUGGCCGUUGUGAACGUCUCCGCAGUGGCUUUGAGAAUUGGCGAGUAACGGACGCCAGCGGGGGCGAAUGGUGAUGCCUGCACCACCCGUAGCGCGUGGAGGGAUAGGAGCAAGGCGCCCUAACCAGGCGGCAAUUGCAAGAAGGUACGAUGCGACCGUCGAAAUUGGCAAGGCGUUGAGGCGUGGCCCAAGAGAUGUGGGGCACGCGUAUGGUCGCGCCGGAAUGCCAGCGUAUGGGGCUGCGCUUGCGUUGCCGCAUUGCUGACGGCAAGUGCGUGAACUGCAGGCGAUGGCUAGCAGUGGGAAGAGUGUUGCAAAACGGGGCGCCCAGGAAUGUGUCGCGGGCGUUGCCCCAUACGGUAUUGUCGUGACGGAGGGUGAUACGUCAACACUGCCCACAUGGAUUACGUCCACAGUCUUUCGGAACGCGAGUAGUAGUAUAGCAUGCAUCUUAAGAGUUGCAAGAAUGUCCCUCAAGAAUUUACCAUGAUGAUUGAUGUGCACGUAUUUUGCUGCUGCGGGGUAUAGUUUGCGCGUGCGGUUGAGCCCGGGAGCUAGGCAGUGUGCCGACGGCCGUGAACGCUGCAGCCUCCCCGUACGGCUGGUCAAUGUACAGACAGCAAUAACGGACUGGCACAGUAACUUGCUGAACGUGGCGAUCUGUAAUCCUGCUUGAGG